GAUGGUAACUUUCGGUUUGGCUCUUGAUCAGUACACUUCGUAGGUUCGAUAAGCGCGCUUCUUCAACAAUUUUUUGUUCCACUCUGUGAGAUUUUUAUUUCCUACCUAUCUACUUACAUUAAGAAGCAGCUAUCAUAAUCAAAAAAUUCGAAACCUCAAGACGACAAAAGCCAAUAAAACCAACAAUAAACCAGAAAGAAAGACACAAAACUUAGUCGUCUUCAUUGGAUGGAAAGUCUUUCUUUUUUUUCUUUAAAGUUAUCAUAAAACGAAAGGUGAAAAGUUUCUCGGUCUUCAAUCGAAGUAUCAGUGGCAAAGAGUGAAGAGUGUUUUUUUUAAGUUUUUUUUGUUCAACCUACAACAAUCGAAGGAGACUUUUACAAGUUCAAAAUUUUAAAAGUGCAUUCAGCACAAAAUAAAAUAAAUUAAAAAAAAAAGAAAUAAGUUCAAAAAGUGUGGUUUGAAUCUUAACAAAGAAGCUGACGUUAAAACCUGCUUUUUUUAGGACUAAACCUGUGGAUUUUUCAUUAUCAAAAUCUUAAAACAACUUAAGAAAACAGAACAAAUAAACACACACACACACACAAAAUGAAAUUAGCCAUCUUAGCCAUUUGCCUUUUGGGCUUCUUGAUGCUGGAGUGUCAUUCGUCGCCAGUUCAACUUGUGGAAAAUUAUGAACUUGUAUCAAAGGCCCGAGCACUUGGCCGACAAGCUGCAAGUGGCGAUAUUGCACCGGUUCCAGCUGCUGCUGCUGCCCCCGCUGCAAGUGCUGAUGAAGAUGAUGAUGACGACGAUGAUGAAGAUGAUGAUGAGGAUGAUGGCGAUAUAACUGACCUUAUUGAAGAUGAUGAUGACGACGAUGAUGAAGAAGACGAUGAUGAUGAGGAAGAUGAUACACCACAAGGACAGGCUGCACCUGGUGCUGCUCCAGCUGCUGCUGCUGCAGCUGCUGAUGAUGAUGACGAUGAUGAUGAUGACUACAUUGACAGGAUCUUUGAUGAUAUUCUCGGAGAUGACGACGAUGAUGAUGAUGACGAUGAAGAUGAGCCAAGUCCAGCUGCUGCAGCCGCCCCAGCUCAACCAGCUGCACCUGCCCCAGCUCAACCAGCAGCUGUCGCUCCUGCCCAACCUGCUGCUGCUGCUGAAGUCCUCGAAGAAGCUGCUUCCGCUGGAUCCGAAGGUGAGAAUGUGAUCGUCUCUGGUGCCGAAGAAGCUGUUGAAGGUGAACAAAAUGUAUUCUACGACGAAGAGAACUCGGGCAUCGAUACCAAAGUUGACAUCCAAUCUUUGAAUGUCAAGCCAAUCGAAGCUACAACAGCAAAGGUUGCCGUAGCAGCCCCAGUUGUUGCUAACAAUCAAGUUGAAUCAUCUGAUGAUGAUGACGACGAUGAUGACGAUGACAUUACUGGUGCCUUGACUGGUGAUGAUGACGAUGAAGAUGAUGAUGAUACCGAUGAUGAUGAUGACGACGAAGAUGAUAUCGUUGGUGAUGAUGUCAUUGAAGCAAGACGUGCACGAGGAGCUGAGAAGAAUGUUGUCAUUGAGAUGCCAAAGGAUGCAUUCCAAGAACGUCACAAUCAGUUUAUUGAUGCGAUUUUUGCUCGUAUCAAUCGCAUUGUAUCAGAUUCAUAUGAUCCUUUCAAAGUCCGUUUAGCAUCGCUGCCAAUGCAACCAGCAAAGCCACAAAAGUCAAACACACCCAGCAAAUCAACAAAGACAAGUACAAAGAGCAAAACGAAGAAAGUAUCUAGUGGCACAAAGGCUCGUUCAAUGGAUGCCGAAGCAGCCAAUUCCACCACAGUCAUAAAAUCUGACAUGACCAGCAACGUUGAAGAAGUAGAACCAUCAGCAUCUCCAGCCACAUCGGUAAUUGCUUCUUCUUCGGUCACAGAUGUCAAGCAAAAGCAACAACAAAAGCAGAAACAGAAAAAACAAAAACCUCAAACUGUCAGCACUGAAUCAGUUGAGAAACGAACAGUUCCGUCGUUGUCCUCCUCCUCCUCUCCUUCCAAAAAUAAGAAAACAACUCAACCUCUUCGGUCCAAUACAAACAAGCAGACAACAAAGCAACAAAAGCCCAAGCAAACUUCCUCCAAUUUGUCAGCUUCACCAUCAGCAUCGGUAGCUUCACCGUCGUCGUCGGUCUCUGCCAAACCAGCUAAAUCAGCUCCUGCUUCAACUUCCAUGGAAAAACUACGCGGUGCCGAAGGUAGCCUCUCUGGAUUGGCAUCCUUGCGUCGUGUUGGCAAUGCCAAAGUGGUCACCGAUCCGGAAGGCAGAAAUUCGACAAUUAAAAGCAAAUUCACACUGGGUCCGCUGACACUCAAAGUGGAAAAGUCAUUCAAGCGCGGCAAUGUGCGCAACGUGAAGACAGCCACUGCCCGCACCAACGAGAUGAUCGGCCGAAUUAAGUUCAGUGUGGUGAAUGACCAAGCCACCCUAGUCUCCAUUAAGGUUCAACAGCCUAAACAGGUCGAAAUCGAAAGCAAGGAUAAUCAUGACCGUACCCGGGAAAUGGUCUGGCGGCGUACUCCCAAAAUUGCCCGUCUGGUAUCGGAAAAACUGAGAUUGGCAGCUGAAUCAUUGUUUCAGCCACGAGCAGGAGUUGAAGUUGUUCGAUUGUAAAUUUAAUUAUUAAUUUGUUUCGUUUAGGAAGAAAUUUUGUAUCUUUAAGAUUAACUAUUUAUUUAUUUAUCUAUUUAUUGAAUUUAAAUUAUGGAUGUUGUCUCCUUUGAAGUUUCUUCGAAGAAACGACGAAUGUCCUUAAUGGGGGGUUGAUGUAUAAGGAAU